AUGAUACUCAUGGUAACAACGGUGCAGACAAUAGUACUACACAAACUCAGACAAGUACAGGCACUGACUCUCCUUCUGACCCUCCAUUACAGAACGGUACAACCGAUAACAUUAACUCAACGAACACAACAAAUAACUCUGACACUAUCACUACACCCACUGAGGAGCAAUCAACCACCACCACCACCACAACAACAACAACAACAACAACACUUCCUCCUGAACUCACAAACAACAAGAAGGGUGAUGCAGACAGCAGCAGCAGUAUCAUCAGUUCUGUGUGGGUGCGUGUACCACUACUGA